CUCAAUGUCGAGUGGAAAAAAGGGGAAAAAAGGACAAAAACAAAACGCCCAGCACGCGCACGUGGGUAAAGCUCUCGAGCUGCUCUAAUCUCCGCUGCGUAACAUCCAAAUCUCGCGACACAGAUGGAAGACUGACAGACAGACCGAGAGAGGAGCUGAAAUUAAUUCAUUACAUAUAUUUAUCUAAAUAAAUAAAACAAACAAACAAAUUCAUUAGCGUUUGUCUGCUGCGCGAGAUGCUGCUGCGCUGAUCUUUAGGAGGCUCCGGGAUUGCGAACGCGACCGGAAAGAGAAGAGAACAGAAACAGCUCUGAUUUGUCAUGUUGCGUUCGGAGCGCGGAGGAUUGGAGCGGAACUUUCACGCUUAGCUCGUGGACCCGGGAUCAUGUGGACGCCAACGGAGGACGAAAAGCUCGGAGUGGUGAUCUGCAGCUUCCGUGGCUCGCUGCCUCAUGGCCUAAGUCUAGAAAUUGGAGAAACCGUUCAAAUCCUGGAGCGGUGCGAAGGAUGGUUUCGAGGAUUCUCCACCAGGAAGCCUAAUGUCCAGGGCAUCUUCCCAGCUAGCUAUGUAUAUCUGCGGAAGGCUGUUGUUACCAACCGAGGGCAGUAUGAAACAGUGGUGCCUCUCGAAGAUCCCAUCGUGACCGAAGUCACCUCUACCCUACAGGAAUGGGCUGUACUCUGGAAGCAGCUCUAUGUGAAACAUAAAGUGGACCUCUUCUAUAAGCUGCGUCACGUGAUGAACGAGCUGAUCGAUCUUCGGCGGCAGAUUCUAUCUGGUCACCUGACCCAGGAUCAGAUUCGCGAGGUCAAGCGCCACGUCACCAUACGCCUCGACUGGGGCAAUGAACACUUAGGUCUGGAUCUCGUACCGAGGAAGGACUUUGAAAUGGUGGAUGCAGACAAGAUUAGUGUCUCUGACCUCUACAAAAUGCAUCUGUCCAGCAGACACAGUGUCCAGCAAAGCACAUCACAGGGGGACAGCAUGCGUCAGCGUCACGGUGAUGCGGUUCGGGUUCCCGUCCCUCACCACCUGUUUGUUAAUCUCAAGAGCUUUACCUACAACACCAUAGGAGAAGACACAGACAUCUUCUUUUCCCUUUAUGACCUGCGAGAAGGCAAACACAUAAGUGAGAAGUUCAUCGUGAGGCUCAACAAAAACGGAGGCCCAAAGAACCCGGAAAAAAUCGACCGGCUCUGUGCACUGUUUACGGACCUGAGCAAUAAGGAUAUGAAACGAGACCUAUACAUCGUUGCUCAGGUGAUCAGGACCGGUCGAAUGCUGCUGAAUGACUCAAAGAAGGGCCCUCCACAUGUGCACUACAGACGCCCGUAUGGAUGUGCCGUGCUCGCUAUGAGUGAUGUGCUGCACACCAUCAUAGAGCUAAAGGAGGAGAAAGACUUCGUGCUCAAAGUUUACACAUGUAACAAUGAGAACGAGUGGUACCAGAUUCAUGAGAACAUCAUCCGCAAGUCCAGCACCAAAUACACUGCGCCCAGCACCAACUAUGGCCUAAUCAUCUCCCUGCAGCUACUCAGGGGAGAAACGGAAAAGAUCCGCAGGGAGAAUCCUAUGAUCUUCAACCGUGGCGUUGCCAUUACGCGCAAACUCGGCUUUCCUGAUGUCAUCAUGCCAGGUGACAUCCGUAAUGAUUUGUACCUCACCUUGGAAAGAGGUGACUUUGAAAGAGGAGGGAAGAGCGUACAGAAGAACAUCGAGGUCACAGUGUAUGUGUUGUAUGCGGACGGAGAGAUUCUUAAGGACUGUAUUAGUCUGGGCUCAGGAGAGCCGAAUAUCAGCGAACACCGUUCGCUCGUCCUCUACCACAACAACAGCCCUCGCUGGAGUGAAGUGAUCAAGCUUCCCAUCCCUAUCGACCGCUUCAGAGGCUCCCAUCUGCGCUUCGAGUUCAGGCACUGCUCGACAAAAGACAAAGGCGAGAAGAAGCUCUUUGGUUUUGCUUUCACACCUUUAAUGAGAGAAGAUGGCACAACGCUAUCCGACGAGUGUCACGAACUCUACGUCUACAAGUGUGAUGAGAACACAACCUUCAGCAACCAUGCUCUGUAUUUGGGCCUACCUUGCUGUAAGGAUGACUUUAAUGGCUGCCCCAACAUUCCUUCUAGCCUCAUCUUCCAGCGUAGCACCAAGGAAACGCUGUGGAUUUCCACUCAGCUCUCCUCCACCAAACUCACACAGAAUGUGGACUUGCUGGCUCUGCUAAAGUGGAAAGCUCAACCUGACCGUGUGAUGGACAUUCUGGGUCGACUGAAGCAUGUUAGCGGAGAGGAAAUAGUCAAAUUUCUUCAGGACAUCCUGGACACACUGUUCUCCAUUUUAGAUGACAACACAGACAAAUAUGGUCCUCUGGUGUUUCAGUCUCUGGUAUUCAUCAUCAAUCUGCUCCGGGACAGCAAAUACUACCACUUCCGCCCGGUGAUGGACACUUAUAUCCAGAAACAUUUUGCUGGAGCCCUGGCCUAUAAAGAGCUUGUACGCUGCCUGAAGUGGUAUAUGGACCGCUCAGCAGAGGUUGUCCGUCAGGACCACAUUCAAGAAGCAAUGAGGGCACUGGAGUAUUUGUUCAAGUUCAUAGUUCAGUCACGGAUACUGUACUCUCGGGCCACCUGUGGCAUGGAGGAGGAACAGUUUCGCACCAGCAUCCAGGAACUCUUCCAGUCCAUCCGCUUUGUGCUGAGCUUGGACAGCCGCAGCUCAGAGACUCUCAUUUUCACCCAGGCAGCACUGCUUAAUUCCUUCCCGGCUAUCUUCGAUGAGUUGCUGCAGAUGUUCACAGUGCAGGAGGUGGCUGAGUUUGUAAGGGGAACCUUGGGGAGCAUGCCCAGUACUGUACACAUAGGCCAGUCGAUGGAUGUGGUGAAGCUGCAGUCCAUUGCUCGGACAGUCGAUAGCAGGUUGUUCUCAUUUCCAGAGUCAAGGAGAAUUCUUCUACCUGUGGUCUUGCACCACAUCCAUCUUCAUCUGAGGCAGCAAAAAGAACUGCUCAUCUGUUCAGGGAUCUUGAGCAGCAUCUUCUCCAUCAUAAAAGCCAGUUCUCUGGAGACUUCAGUGCAGGAGGAGGUGGAAAUGGUGGUGGAGAGCUUGUUGGAUGUUCUGUUACAGACCCUGCUCACCAUCAUGAGCAAGUCACAAGCUCAGGAGGCGGUAAGAGGCCAGCGCUGCCCACAGUGCACGGCUGAGAUCACUGGUGAAUACGUGUCCUGCCUGUUGUCCCUUCUCCGCCAAAUGACAGACAUUCACUUUCAACACCUUUUGGACAACUUCCAAAGCAAAGAGGAAUUAAAGGAGUUCUUACUCAAGAUUUUCUGUGUUUUCCGCAACUUGAUGAAACUCGGCAUUUUCCCCAGAGACUGGAACGUGAUGCGGCUCCUGACCAGCAACAUCAUUGUAACCACCGUGCAGUAUCUCUCUCCUGCUCUACACAAAAACUUCACGGAUGCUGACUUUGACUUUAAGGUUUGGAACUCUUAUUUCAGUCUGGCAGUACUGUACAUCAACCAACCCAGUCUGCAGCUGGAGACCUUAACCCCAUCCAAGAGGAAGAAGAUUCUAGACAAGUACGGCGAUAUGAGAGUCAUGAUGGCCUAUGAGUUAUUCAGCAUGUGGCAAAAUCUUGGUGAAAAUAAGAUCCACUUUAUCCCAGGAAUGAUUGGACCCUUCUUGGGUGUGACCCUGGUGCCUCAAAGUGAAGUCAGGAACAUCAUGAUUCCCAUCUUCCACGACAUGAUGGACUGGGAACAGCGCAAGAACGGCAACUUCAAACAGGUGGAGGCAGAGCUCAUAGACAAGCUGGACAGUCUAGUGUCUGAGGGUAAAGGAGACGAGAACUACAGAGAGCUUUUUGGGUUGCUUACUCAGCUUUUUGGACCCUAUCCCAGUUUGUUGGAGAAGAUCGAGCAGGAGACGUGGCGUGAAACAGGCAUCUCUUUCGUUACAUCAGUCACUCGGCUUAUGGAAAGACUACUGGAUUACAGGGAUUGCAUGAAAGGAGACGAGACCGAAAACAAGAAGAUCGGCUGCACCGUCAACUUGCUAAACUUCUAUAAGUCUGAGAUCAAUAAGGAGGAGAUGUAUAUCCGUUACAUUCACAAGCUGUGUGACAUGCACUUGCAGGCAGAAAACUACACAGAGGCGGCGUUCACUCUGCUCCUGUACUGGGAGCUGCUGCAGUGGGAGGAUCGGCCCCUGAGGGAGUUUCUGCACUACCCGGCUCAGAGCGAGUGGCAUCGCAAAGAGGAUCUCUGCCGCAAGGUCAUCCACUACUUCAACAAGGGCAAGUGCUGGGAGUACGGGAUCCCUUUCUGCCGAGAGCUAGCCUUACAAUAUGAAUCCUUAUACGACUACCAAAGCCUCAGCUGGAUCCGGAAAAUGGAAGCUGCCUACUAUGACAACAUUAUGGAGCAACAGAGACUGGAGCCCGAGUUCUUCAGGGUGGGCUUUUACGGUCGAAAAUUUCCUUUCUUUCUCAGGAAUAAGGAGUUUGUUUGCCGUGGACAUGACUACGAGAGGCUUGAAGCCUUCCAGCAGAGGAUGCUGGGAGAAUUUCCUCAAGCAAUUGCCAUGCAACAUCCCAACCAACCAGAUGAGGGUAUUUUGCAGUGUGAUGCCCAGUACUUGCAGAUCUAUGCUGUAUCUCCAGUUCCAGAAAACAUUGAAGUGCUUCAGAUGGACCGUGUGCCUGAUCGAAUUAAAAGCUUCUACCGAGUGAACAAUGUGCGUCGCUUUCGCUACGACCGGCCGUUCCACAAAGUGCCCAAAGACAAGGACAAUGAAUUCAAGAGUCUGUGGAUCGAAAGGACCACACUCAUCCUCACACAUCCCCUGCCAGGCAUUUCUUGCUGGUUUGAGGUGGAGAAGAGAGAGCUGGUUGAAGUGAGUCCACUGGAGAAUGCCAUCUCUGUGGUGGAGAAUAAAAACCAGGAGCUGCGCACUUUAAUCAGCCAGUACCAGCACAAGCAGCUGCACGGCAACAUUAACCUGCUUAGCAUGUGUCUGAACGGCGUGAUUGAUGCAGCUGUCAACGGAGGCAUUGCUCGCUACCAGGAGGCAUUCUUUGAUAAAGAUUACAUCUCCACCCACCCAGAGGACACAGAAAAAAUCACUCAGCUCAAGGACCUCAUGCAAGGACAGGUGCACAUCCUGGGUGUAGGGCUGGCGGUCCAUGAGAAGCUGGUGCACCCAGAAAUGCGUCCCCUGCACAAGAAGCUGAUCGAUCAAUUCCAGAUGAUGAGGAGCAGUCUGUGCCAUGGUCUGCCCGGUCUGGAUAGACUGAGCGCCGCCUGCUCUGGACCUCCACGAGCCAUCCUCCCACCCCAUAAUCCUAUGAGCCCAGACAGCAUCAAACUCAUGCACAGACACAGCCCGUCUCUGUCUCGUACCGUGCGUCACUCCUCAUCUUCCCUCUCCACCAGUGAGUCAGGGAACCUUCUCAUCCUCACUGACGCAGUGCUGAUGGAGCAUCCUGAAGAGAUGUAUCGCAUGCAGCCCAGUCCCUCAACGUCCAGCCUGAGUUCUACUCACUCUGCUCCUCCUCAGAUGAUCAACGCAGGUCCUGGCAGCAUCCGAGUCGGUUCUCCAUCACUGCCUGAUCGAUACAGACACAACCGCGAGAUGCUGAUGCUACUGCCAGCGCAUCGAGAUCGGCCCAGCAGUGCCAUGUACCCCAACCUCAGUGAGAACGGACAGCCAGCCAACCUGCAGAGGGCCUUGUUUCAUCAGGUGAUUGGUCCAUGCAAGCCAUGCAGUGACCCCAAUCUGUCUGUGGCUGAAAAAGUGCUGACAGCUCCAAGCAGCUGGAGCCUGGACAGUGGCACAAGAGAUGCUAUGCCUUUCCUCUCGUCCCAUGUGGGGAGUGUGAUGGCUCCACCGGUGCCUCCUCGCAACUUUCCUCCUGGGCAUUUCUCGAUGCACUUUGAUGCUUUCCAGCAGCAGAUUGGUGAACUCCCCCCAGCUCUCCCAGCACGCUCCUUAAGAAAGUCACCUCUUCACCCCAUACCCGCCUCACCCACAAGUCCUCAGUCAGCUCUUGACGGUAGUAACUCCACACUAUCGGGCAGUGCCAGCAGUGGCGUCUCUUCUCUAAGUGAGAGCAACUUCUGCCCUUCCUCAUCAGAUGCUCCUGCUCUUGACUCCACACCCAGCUGCCAGACGUGGACCACGGACACAGACGAAGCAGAGACACCCAGCACUGUCCGUUACAGUAUCUCCGAGCCUGACGUCCUUGAAAGCCUAAAGCCAGUCCCCUGCCGUAGUAACUCAGCCCCUGUGGGUGUCAUGCCGGUGAUGCCUCCAGAUGGGCACCACCUUAUCCACGCUGGGCACGUUGGCCAUUACCACCUCCAUCAGCACGAGCCACCUCCAGCACUUCCCCCUAAACCGUACCUGAGAGAAGGCUGCAUCCCAGAGGAGGACUUGAGACCUGUGCCGAGACCAAUGCCACGCAAGAUCUCCCAACCACUGCUGACCAACAAGGAAGAGCAAGCCAAAGUGGCAUGGGAGCACGGAAUCAGUGAGGAGUAGAGGUGUGGCCGAUAGUGCGGCAGGCCAGUUGCAUGUCGAACGGCUGAAGCUGGGUUUGUAGAAUUGCGGAAUAGUUGAAUGAGAGAAUAUGAUGUUACCUGGUUCACCUUACCUCCAACAAGAUUUUACCAAUCAUUAUAGGAGCCUCGUUGGACUUGAUGCAAGAACCGAGUACAUCUUGAUGAACUUUCAGGAUUACAGUGGAGAUUAUAGCAGUCUGGUUUAUGCUUCAUCAGAAGUGCUUCUGGGGAUGACCUCAAAAGGAUCAUAUUCAAGCCUGUAAUGUCCUUGAUAAUUAAGAUUCUUAAUUAUUUUCAGGCUGUACAUCAAAUAAAGGGGGUGGGGAAGAAAAUGGGAAUGAAUGAAUGCAACAGGAAUAAUUAAAUGAAAUACAUUGAACACAUCAACAUUCAGCAAGUUCAAAGCGUUUAUUGUCAUAUGCAGAGUAAGGAAGAGGGAAGUUUCCCUGUAAAAUGAAAUUAUUUCAAGUGUAGAAUCAGUGCAUUGGCUGGUCAAGGAUGUAAGCUACUUUAAAACCAUAGUUAGAUAAUCUACAGUUACUUUAAACAUAGAAUAAGUGCCUCCAACCAACUGAAAGGAAAUAUAACCAUAAAUUGUUAGGUCAGGAAUAACACAAAAUGGGUUGUGCUGUUAUAGGAUUUCACGUCACUCUUUUUAACUGUUCAUAGUUAAUAUUGAGGUAUGUUUUCAAUUAGCUAGUUCCUGUUAUCACUAACAGGAGUUGUCCCAUCUCAUGUCUCUUCCUCGAAAAAAAAUUAAAUAAAAUUGUCAUCCUCUUGACUUGUAGGUGUCAGGUUCUAGUAAAAACGACCAAAUGAAAUCUUAAAGACUUUCCCAUAGUAGAAAGUUUGCCACUAUUACAAAGCUCUAACAGUGAAGACUCUUUCUAUAAUGUUAUAUACGUAUCUCAUUACAGAAAAUUAAACUAUAUCAACAACUACAGUUUUAUUUAUUGUUAAAAAGCAACACGUAUAGCAAAAGAGUAUUAGCCAUAGAUUACGCGGCACAAAAUCUACACAAGACGACGAGCCGCAUUGAAUUUGUUGAUAUUACAGACACAACUGCUUUAUUUAAAAGGUGAAAAAACAUCACAACACUGCAUCUUGGAUAACAUCUUUACAGAAAUAGUAUCAAAAUCAAACUUUCAGACUAUUCCAGUUUGCCUCAAUCUAUUUUCCGCUUGAAGUUUCAGAAGUAUGUUCAGAAGGAAGCAUAAACCAGCCUUAACUCCUAUUAGAUGUGUGCUUGCCACAUUUCUACCACUACUGCUACUAUAAUCUUUCUCUUAAUUUGCUUACAAUUUUUCUAGAGAACUGUGAGGAUUUUUGCUUUUACUGUACAUGUACUUCUUUGGCAGGUGAUUUUACCCAAAGUGACUUUCUCUAGUAGAGCUGGAUAAAUGGGGUUGAAGUUGAUGUUCGGCUUUGAAGCUUUUCAGGUUUUUAAACCUUUUGAACCUUCCAGUCCUGGGAUUUGCACUCACUAGCUUCUGGACUCUUGAGUAGAACCUUAAGCACUGAGCUCACACAGUGUUAUAGACAACAGAAUCUGAACAAGAGAAUGAAAGCAUGGCAGUUGUUACUUCUAAAUGUUCUCGUAGACUUUAGCGACGGUUAUUUGCGACGAAACAAUAUUGGUGAGAUAUACAAUUUUGUUAAGCCCACUUUUAAUUAACCACUUUGAAAGAAGAGUGUCGCUUAUCUAAGCGGUUAAAUGUGUUAGAUUUCGGUCUGAUGAGGGCAUAAAAUUUGUCAAAACAACACUAAACUUGAAUGGUGUAUUCAUCACUUUAAGGCUUUUUUUUUCCCUGUCAGAAUGCACUUUAGCACUUAGUUCUGGAGUACCAAAAACCUUCUGAAGUAAGAGGAAUUCUUUUUUGUUUUUUUUUCUUAAAAAAGCAUUUUCAUUUUGUUUAGUCAAAUGGAUGAAAUGGGACGAGAUGAGAUAAAAUGAGAUAAGAUGAGAUGAGAUACUCGAGCAUUGUUUUAUAUUGUUAUAUAGUAAGUCUGUGAAGUGAAGUCUCUGACUUUAAACAUCCUCAUUAUCCUUCCAUAACAGUUACAACGAGACCUUUGGUGCUCAUCGCCAGUAAGGUCCGCUUUCUAUUUUAGUUUAAGAAUUCAUCUCUGAAAUAGGAAAUUCCCUGCUAAUUCUCUCGGGAGUUGGCACACUGACAUGGCACUAAGAGGCUUAUGUACAUGGCAAAGCUUCAUUACACUCACACACACACACACACACACACACACACACACAUUUUAUUAUCACUCUGCAAACGCAAAUCAGCCAACCACUCGCAACUCAAUUAUCCACUUAGACGAAUAUACGAAAGCCAUUUCACAGAUGUCUUUACAGCGGAACUGCUUUUGCUCGCAGCACUUUUCGCUUUAUUAUUUUAAUUUCUUUCCCAUUAGGUUUUUGUAAAGAUGAAUAUAUUUUUAGAUAGCAAUUGUAAACCACCCCAACUUUAUCUAAUAAAAGCUUGUAUAGUAAAACUAAGAAAUACAAAAUGAUAUAUAUUAAUAUGAAUCCAGGGUGAUGGGUGUGGACAUUUGAAUAAUGUACACUGUUAUUAUGCAAGUGAGGGGAUUUUGACCCUUUUAGCUGCUGAAGGAUGUGCAAUCGCUUCUUGGUGGAUACAUGAUGAUGUGUGAGACUAGUAGAUGUGAUUUCAUUUCCUAAGACUUUUUUUGUACGUGUGCAUGUUUUCUUUAUUAUAGUGGAGAUGCAGCAUUGAAAUAAAUGACAAUAGUUAACUCUGUCUAUGACUCUAGAAGAUAAAAUGCCUCUGGACAUUUUUCCCACUGUUAAUUGACAUAUUUUUAAUAAGGAUGUGAUAUGGAAACACAUCCGUUUUCACUUUUUCAUAUUCUUCUCCUUUUUUCUUUUUUCUUUUUUUUUUGCAGUACAAGCUGCUUGUAUACAUUUUAAAGAAAAUGUAUCCAUGCCAAAUUUGUAGACGCGGGCAUCGUGAGCAAUUAGUUACUCAAGCCGCUGCUAAUACUAGAUUUAAAUCGAGAGGAUAUUUGAGUAAAUGACAAAUGAGGCAGAGAAAAACCACAUAGCUGAACAAUUUAGUGUUAUGUUUUUACUGAAGGAUCUCAAAAUGAAUCUAACAAUCCUGGAAUUUGAACUCAUAACAAGAAAAAUUAGGGACGUAGCUGUAUACGUACGUUUGGACACUAGAAUCAGACUAAAAUUCGGUUCAGCAGUCAAUUAAUUAUGACGACAGUAAAAUGCAAAAUUAAAAGAGAAAAAAACAAAACAGAAAAAACAAUUAGCUUAUAUAUACCUUUCCAAGUAAAUAAUUAAAUUCAGCUAUAUAUUUGGUAAAAGUUUUUAAAUAUUUCUUUGCAGUAGAGAACAUUAGAGCUUGAAAGAGAGCUUGAAAAAUAUUACAUCUUAAUUUUUUAUAGCUUCUUUUUCAAGUCAUUUGCCGGUUAUUCAAAGUCAGAUGUCGGUACUGAGUUGGAUCUCAUUUUGUUCCGUAUGUCACAGGGUGGACAGACAUGAAUAAAGUGUUGUUGCACAUCUCCUUCUCUAUUGUGGAUUUUAAAAGAUCGCCGACUUUUAUAGCAGGCGUAUAUACUAGAGAAUGCACAUUGAUAUACAGUAUACAAUCUAUUUAACCCUUGUUAUACUUGAAGGAUGUCACAAAGACUUUUCUCGUUUUUAUGUCAUGCGUGUUUUGUUUGUAUACGUGUGUGUACAGUGAGGGAAGAAUUUUAAAGUAGCCAAUGAAACGUGGCCACUGAAGCUCUGAUAGCUCUGAGCAGUAAAGUUUAUUGUCAUAAUGUUCAGAAAAAAACAUGAUAUCCAUAUUUUUUUCAAUCAAGCAAGAAUUGUAAUUCAUCACAUUUAUCACUUUUAAAUGUCCAAAAUUCCAGUCCAAGACAAGAGCAGUUAAGGAUUAAGGGACUUAUCACACUUUUUUUUUCUUUUUUUUUUUUUUUUUUUUUUAAAGAGUUCCAUUGAUGAAAUGAGAUGAAAUGAGAUGAGAUAAGAUUAUAUCUUGGUUAGCCCAAACUAACCAUAUAACAAAUUUACAACAAAAUAUAAGUAUUUCUGUACAAAUCCUAAAAAGAAUUAGCCGAGCGUGCAUGCGUACACACGUUGCAUAAUUGUUUCCUACAUUAGUUGAUUUAAUCAUUGUAUAUUUUCUUUCCUCUUCUUGUAGAAUGAAGCUUAAAUAUGACCAUAAAUCAAACCGAUGUACAUAAGUUAAAUUUAUCCAUCUGAAGUGUUAACAGGCUUUGAUUUUUAAAUGUCAUACAUCAUGGGCUAGGACUACAAUUCUUUCCAUUUCCACUUAAAAUAAGUUUUCUUUAUCCAAUGAAAUUUCCAAACUAUGAGAAACCCAAUGAUCUAUUAUUCAUCACCUUUGAAAAGAGGAUCUUGUUAAUCAGUUACACGACAUACGGCUUACUAAUAACACUUCAUAGCCACUUGAUAUGUAUUUUAAGAAGCAAGGGAGAUGGCUGCUGUUUUUAUAUUUGUAAACAAAUAAAAAAAAAAACAAAAAAAAAACAAUGGCAAUAUCUCAAAACUAGGAGGCAUUAUGUCCCAUGAAAAGGGAAAACAAAGAGAAGGACUUUUCAGUUGACUUUGUACAUAAAAUUGUAGAAAGCUCAGUACUUACACUUUUAAAAGCAUUUCAGUUCAUACGUCCCAGCAUCUGUCUUUAUGUAUAUAAUCCUUCUGUAUUUAUACACUUAAGAAGAGCAAAUCAUGUACAGACUGGGAUUAAUUGUCUGCCUUGUACUUUAUGAUGUAAAUGUGUUUUUAAAACUAAAACGCAAAUGAGGAUUCAGUGACUCUUUCGAUGGCCUAAUCAGUUAUUUUGUGUAUUUUGCAUUGAAAGCUGAAAAAAACCUGUUAUGUUUUCUGAGUACUAAGUAUUAAGUUAACAAGUAUUCUUUGUUGUUUUUUUUCUUUGUUUCUUUUUUUUGUAUAUAUUGUGCUGGCAUGAACAAAAUGUGAUGUGAA